GCUCGGCCCGGCCUCCCUCCCUCCCUCCCUCCCUCUCUCCCUCCCUCCCUCCGAGCUGAAUGGACUAGAUUCCCGGCCACGUAAGAAGCACCGCGGCACCACGGGAGAGAGGAUGUCCUGCUGAACCGAGGAUCGGCCUGGGAAAGUCGGCCGGCCGUCCUUCUCCUUUCCGCUUUACCUUCCAGCACCUUUCAGCAGCAGCAGCGGACACAAAAGACGCGACAUCUUUUUCUUCUUCUUCCACUGGACUAAGAGAAAGAGAGAGCUCGUCGACUCCCGCACACAAAGAGCUGCAGCAGCUUUUUUCUUUCUAAACCGGAUGGGGUUUUCUCCUUAUGACAACCGCCGUGCAUGGAUAUGAUCCCGGCGAACAAGGCCCGUGCACUGACCUGGUACUAGUUAGCUGAGGAAGCUAACUAGUUAGCUCUGCACCUGCUAGCCGUCAUUUGUCUGUCAAACUCGAGCUAAAUCCAGCCGCGUCAAGCAGCUAGCUAAACGUGCUUGACGUAUUAUUUCUAAUGUUUCCCUGUGUUUUUGUUCAUUAGCUAUUUUUCUUUCAACCGUUUGUUUCCGUUGUAAGAAACCUCCCACCUGCAGACAGGAGCUAGCUAAGACGGGUUAACUUAGGACUCGUCAUUCAUUGGAAAAAUACUUUUUCUGGUAGCAUUUUGCUGCUAAUUUAGCUCUCGUUAACGUUAAGGAAAGUGCAGCCGGUCUGUGCAAAGGGUUUCCUGUCGACUCGGGGUAGUUACUGUGGUGUUUAAUCCCGGUGGUGUCUCUUGCACGGGGAACAAAGUGGGGCAAAUGAAGCGGUGAAGAGACAUUACAAGCCCCGUUGUGUUGCAUGAAAGGAGCGAGCUCUGCCAGCUGUUGAUCGUCUGUGGUUUCCAGCAGCGUUUCAUCCGUGGUGUUUUUGUCGAAGAAUCCCUAAAAGGACCGGACUGACAAAGUGGUGGUGGCCCUAUAGAGGAGGAGGAGGAGAAGCACCAGGAGGAGGAAGCCCCCCUCGGUAUUGUGGAGCUAUCACCCUUAUUCCUCAUGAACAUACAGAGGUCAAAUCCUAUUAACAUUUCACGUUAUGGGAGAUCGCGGCACAAAUCGCACGACUUCGAGGAGCUGUCUUGCUUGAGGACCACCGAGUCGCACCAGAGUUUCAGCCCCAACCUCGGGUCCCCCAGCCCGCCGGAGACCCCGGACUCCUCGCACUGCAUCUCCCGCAUCGGGGACUACCUCCUGCUGGAGCCGCUGGAGGGGGAUCACGUCUUCAGAGCCGCCCACCUGCACAGCGGGGAAGAGCUCGUGUGUAAGGUUUUUGAGAUUGGCCAAUACCAGGAGUCACUGGCGGCCUACUUUGCCCUGGGCCAGCACCAGCACAUCAACCAAAUCCUGGAGAUCUUGCUCGGGGAAACACGAGCAUAUGUGUUCUUUGAGAGGAGCUAUGGGGACAUGCACUCUUUUGUCCGCACCUGCAAGAAGUUGCGGGAGGACGAAGCUGCCAGACUCUUCUAUCAGAUAGCCUCGGCUGUGGCACAUUGCCACGACAACGGACUGGUCCUCCGUGACCUCAAGCUGAGGAAGUUUGUCUUCAAGAAUGAGGACAGAAGCCUCGUGAAGCUGGAGAGCCUUGAGGAUACGUAUAUCCUGGAUGGUCACGAUGACUCCCUGUCAGACAAACAUGGCUGCCCAGCCUAUGUAAGUCCCGAGAUCCUCAACGCCAACGGCAGCUAUUCGGGGAAGGCAGCAGACGUUUGGAGCCUGGGUGUCAUGCUUUAUACCAUCCUUGUGGGGCGCUACCCUUUCCAUGACGUUGAGCCCGGCUCUCUGUUCAGCAAAAUCCGCAGGGGCCACUUCAACAUCCCAGAAACGCUCACACCCAAGGCCAAGUGCCUGAUCCGCUCCAUCCUGCGCCGGGAACCCGCAGAGCGCCUCACCUCCCGGGAGAUACUGGAGCACCCCUGGUUUACCUCCACGGGGGCGCAGGGUGGCGCCGCAGUGCACAGCAGAGCAGAAAGGGAGCAGGAGCAGAUGGUGCCUGAGGUGAACAUGGAGGAGGAGCGGGAGCAGUUCUUCAGCUGAGCAAAACACCAAGCACAAACGGACGACUCCGCCACGGUCAGCUCGCCACGCUCACAGCAGAGCCAAAAACCAGUAGUGUAGAGAUUAUUAGGUGAACAUUUGUCAAUCAUAAUAAAGGUGUUUCCAUCCUGUUUCCUUUUUCCACCAUUUCAUGGAAAACCUUGAGCCUGGCAUGACAAAUGGCAUCUAUAACAUCACCUGGCGAUGCACCUCCUGAUCGGGGAUGCUGCCGCCGGACAUGCAAGUUGCAAACAAUGUAGCAAAUGUUCUUAUUUUUGGAUUUGUUUUGUUUAAUGUGGUGCUCAUAAAAGUAGACACAUUCACCAUUGUUGACACUAUGGAAAGCAUGAAGGGACAUAAGAACACAGGAAACCAAGGAGAACAAUUCAAACUGCAACACCACACCUUUUCUGACAGGUUUUGUUUUGCAUCAUAGCUUUAGGUGGCACCAAUUCUAACCACAGACCCA